AUGGCCUCCGCCGGUGGCGCCGAGUCCGAGCGGCCGCACCCCAAGCCCUUCCUCAUCGGUGUCAGCGGCGGCACCGCCAGCGGCAAGUCCACAGUGUGCGAGAAGAUCAUGGAGCUGCUGGGGCAGAACGAGGUGGAGCGGCGGCAGCGGAAGGUGCUGAUCCUCAGCCAGGACUCCUUCUACAAGGUGCUGACAGUCGAGCAGCAAGCCAAGGCGCUCAAGGGCCAGUACAACUUCGACCACCCGGAUGCUUUUGACAAUGAUUUGAUGCACACAACCCUGAAGAGCAUCGUUGAGGGCAGGACUGUUGAGGUACCAACCUACGACUUCGUGACCCACUCUAGGCUGGCAGAGACCACAGUGGUCUACCCUGCUGAUGUUGUGCUCUUCGAGGGGAUCCUGGUUUUCUACAACCAGGACAUCCGGGACAUGUUCCACCUGCGGCUCUUCGUGGACACCGACUCCGACGUCCGUCUGUCCCGCAGAGUGCUGCGAGAUAUGAAGCGUGGGAGGGACCUGGAGCAGAUCCUCACGCAGUACACCACCUUCGUCAAGCCUGCCUUCGAGGAGUUCUGCCUGCCGACCAAGAAGUAUGCAGAUGUGAUCAUCCCCCGAGGAGUUGACAACAUGGUUGCCAUCAACCUCAUCGUGCAGCACAUUCAGGACAUCCUCAACGGAGACAUCUGCAAGUGGCAGCGUGGGGCUGUGAACGGCCACAGCCGCAGCUCCAAGCGGCCGUUCCCGGAGCAGCCAGAGGGCGGCGCUGUGCUGGGGGCCGGCAAACGCUCCCACCUGGAGUCCAGCAGCCGCCCUCACUGA